UGGAAAUUGGAAUACAAAUGGAAUAGAAAAAGAGAAAGGCACGCUUGACUACUACAGUCUUCCUUUAAACCCUGCUAAAGCCUUCAAAAGAACCAUACUAAAGUGUUCACCUGAAUAUCCGCCACCCCACCGCCGCCCCCCACCGCCGUCCGCCGCCCGCCGCAUCGGUCUCCAUUAUUCAAUCACUCAAUCUGGAUUCAGGCGUAUACCAAUAUAAGGGGUAAUGGCUGCUUCUCAUUGUGAAAUUGGAGCAGCUGAGUUUCUGCAAGUAUGGACUGUCAUUUUGAACUCUCUUUCUUGCCAUUUUUUCUGAUUAAUGGUGUGUAAUGGCAAUAUUGAGUUUUUGAUGGUUUUGGUUCUUUUGGUGCUAAUACAGGGAUCCAGCAGGCAAAAAUUGUUAUUGCAGAGAACUCAUCCGAGGUGUAUCAAUGGGUUACUUUGGGGUACCAUUAGAGGAAAGCAUCCUCUGUCAAAACUUCCUGGUAGAGGUAGGUUAACAUCCCGUCUACCAGUCAAGGUUAAAGCUGCUGUAUCUGGAAAGGCUAGUAGCUCUGUAGAUGAGAAGCCAAUUGAGGCCCAGGUGACAUCUCAAGAAAAUCUAAUUCAUUUUUAUCGUGUGCCAUUUCUUCAAGAAAGUGCGACAGCAGAACUUCUUAAAGCAGUUCAGACAAAAAUCUCAAGUCAAAUAAUAGGCUUGAAGACUGAACAGUGUUACAAUAUUGGGUUGAAUUCCAAUCUUGCAAACGAGAAACUUUCAUGUCUUCAGUGGAUUUUAGGGGAGACUUACGAGCCUGAAAAUUUGAGCACUCAAAGUUUUCUUGACAAAGAAAUGAAGCAGAGUUCUAAUACAGUUAUAGUUGAAGUUGGACCCAGACUAUCUUUUACCACGGCAUGGUCAGCAAAUGCUGUGUCAGUUUUCAAAUCUUGUGGGUUGACAGAGAUAAAUAGGAUAGAGCGGUCACGGAGGUACUUGUUGUAUCUGGAGCCUGAUAGUGGUUCAUUGAUGGAUAGUCAAAUUAAUGAAUUUGCUGCUAUGGUGCAUGAUCGCAUGACAGAAUGUGUUUAUGUCGAUAAGCUUACUUCAUUCAAGACUAAUGUGGUUCCAGAGGAGGUCAGGUAUAUACCAGUCAUGGAAAAGGGAAGGGAGGCUUUGGAAGAAAUCAACAAGCAGAUGGGUUUGGCCUUUGAUGAACAAGAUUUGCAAUAUUACACCAAGCUUUUCAAGGAUGAUAUUAAGCGGAAUCCUACAAACGUUGAGUUGUUUGACAUAGCACAGUCCAACAGUGAACACAGCAGGCAUUGGUUUUUCACCGGGAAAAUGGUUAUUGAUGGUCAACCCAUGGAGAGAACUCUUAUGCAGAUUGUUAAGAGUACUUUGCAGGCAAAUCCCAACAAUUCUGUCAUUGGCUUCAAGGAUAACUCCAGCGCAAUCAAAGGUUUUCCGGUGAAGCAGUUGCGGCCAGUUCAACCAGGUUCUACAUGCCAAUUGAACAUUAGUGAUUGUGACCUUGAUAUCUUAUUUACUGCUGAGACUCACAACUUUCCGUGUGCCGUGGCACCAUAUCCGGGGGCUGAAACCGGUGCUGGAGGACGAAUAAGGGAUACACAUGCAACUGGUAGGGGUUCUUUUGUUGUUGCAGCUACUGCCGGAUACUGUGUCGGUAAUCUCAAUAUUGAAGGAUCAUAUGCUCCAUGGGAGGAUCCCUCGUUCACCUAUCCAUCAAACUUGGCAUCCCCAUUGCAAAUACUCAUCGAUGCUAGUAAUGGUGCUUCCGACUAUGGUAACAAGUUUGGAGAACCCUUGAUUCAGGGUUACACAAGGACUUUUGGUAUGAGGCUUCCAAGUGGGGAGCGACGUGAAUGGUUAAAACCAAUUAUGUUCAGUGGGGGAAUUGGACAAAUUGAUCACACCCACAUAUCAAAAGGUGAGCCUGAUAUCGGAAUGUUAGUUGUGAAGAUAGGAGGACCAGCUUAUCGCAUAGGAAUGGGAGGUGGUGCUGCAUCCAGCAUGGUCAGUGGUCAGAAUGAUGCUGAGCUCGAUUUUAAUGCUGUACAACGCGGGGACGCAGAGAUGGCGCAGAAAUUAUAUCGUGUUGUCCGCGCAUGCAUUGAAAUGGGAGAGGAGAAUCCGAUUAUAAGUAUUCAUGAUCAAGGAGCUGGUGGAAAUUGCAAUGUUGUCAAGGAAAUAAUAUAUCCAAAAGGUGCUCAAAUCGAUAUAAGGGCGAUUGCCGUUGGAGACAACACAAUGUCUGUCCUAGAAAUAUGGGGUGCAGAGUAUCAAGAGCAAGAUGCAAUAUUGGUGAAGCCUGAAAGCCGCAGCCUGUUGGAGGCAAUUUGUGCGAGGGAACGUGUUACUAUGGCUGUUAUUGGAACUAUUAGUGGUGACGGGCGCAUUGUCUUGGUUGACUCUUUGGCGAUUGAGAAAUCCAGUUCAAAUGGAUUGCCACCUCCACCACCAGCUGAGGAUCUCGAGCUUGAAAAGGUUCUUGGUGAUAUGCCACAGAAAACUUUUGAGUUCCAACGCUCAGUACCUGUGCUUGAGCCUCUUGAGAUAGCACCAGGGGUGACGGUUAUGGAUGCUUUGAAACGGGUCUUGAGACUUCCUUCUGUUUGUUCGAAGCGGUUCUUAACCACAAAAGUUGAUAGGUGCGUCACUGGUCUCGUGGCACAACAACAAACAGUGGGUCCUUUGCAAAUUCCUCUUGCUGAUGUUGCUGUUAUUGGUCAAAGCUACACUGAUUUUACGGGAGGUGCAUGCUCAAUUGGGGAGCAACCAAUCAAGGGGCUUUUGAAUCCAAAGGCAAUGGCACGGUUGGCUGUUGGAGAAGCACUUACAAAUCUUGUUUGGGCAAAAGUUACUUCUCUUUCUGAUGUCAAAGCGAGUGGAAAUUGGAUGUAUGCAGCUAAACUAGAUGGGGAAGGAGCUGCUAUGUAUGAUGCUGCGGUGGCGCUUGCAGAAGCAAUGAUUGAUCUUGGUAUUGCUAUCGAUGGAGGGAAGGAUAGUCUCUCUAUGGCAGCCCAGUCAUCAAGGGAAGUUGUUAAGGCUCCAGGAAAUCUUGUGAUUAGUACUUACGUAACUUCUCCUGAUAUAACUAAAACGGUUACUCCAGAUUUGAAACUUGGUGAUUCAGGCAUUUUGCUUCACAUUGACUUGGGAAAAGGUAAGCGGCGGCUAGGUGGAUCAGCUCUUGCUCAAGCAUUUGGUCAAGUGGGGGAUGAAUGCCCUGACCUUGAUGAUGUCCCUUACCUCAAAACGGUUUUCAAUGCGGUUCAGGAACUUCUUGAUGGAAAAUUGAUCUCGGCAGGUCAUGAUAUCAGUGAUGGAGGGUUGAUUGUCAGUGCGCUGGAAAUGGCGUUUGCUGGGAACUGUGGGAUAUCCUUGGAUUUGAUAUCAUAUGAGUGUGGUGCAAUUCAAACUCUGUUUGCAGAGGAACUUGGACUUUUAGUUGAGGUCAACAAGGAACAAUUGGAUAACGUAAUGAUGAAGCUUUCAAAUGUUGGCAUUUCCGCUGAAAAAAUUGGCAGCGUGACUGUGUCUCCUGUGGUGCAGUUGAAGAUUGAUGGGAUUCCAAUUCUGAAUGAGAGCACUUCCUUGCUCAGGGAUAUGUGGGAAGAGACCAGCUUUGAAAUUGAAAAGUUCCAAAGAUUGGCUGCUUGUGUUAAACUAGAGAAAGAGGGUCUGAAAAGUCGCCAUGAACCUAACUGGAAGCUGUCCUUCACCCCAACAUCCACGAAUGAGAGAUACAUGAAUGCCAUUGCCAAACCCAAGGUGGCAGUAAUAAGAGAGGAAGGAAGCAAUGGGGACAGAGAAAUGGCUGCUGCAUUUUAUGCUGCUGGCUUUGAAACAUGGGAUAUUACAAUGUCCGACCUCCUUAGGGGUAAUGUCUCUUUGCAAACUUUCAAAGGGCUUGUAUUUGUAGGUGGUUUUAGCUAUGCUGAUGUAUUGGAUUCAGCAAAAGGUUGGGCAGCAUCUAUACGUUUCAAUCGUCCUCUGCUAGAUCAGUUUCAAAAAUUUUAUGAGCGUCCUGACACUUUCAGUCUUGGGGUAUGUAAUGGCUGUCAGCUUAUGGCUUUGUUGGGGUGGGUUCCUGGCCCCAAGAUUGGGGGGGUUAUGGGUUCAGGUGGUGAUCCUUCACAGCCUAGGUUUAUUCAUAAUGAAUCUGGAAGGUUUGAAUGCCGCUUCACUAGUGUGAAAAUUGAGGAGUCACCUGCUAUUAUGUUUAAAGGAAUGGAAGGUAGCACACUGGGUGUUUGGGCUGCUCAUGGUGAGGGAAGAGCUUAUUUUCCCAAUGAUGAUGUGAGGAGCUCUGUACUCAACUUAAACUUGGCCCCAGUAAAGUAUUGUGAUGAUGAUGGGAAUCCAACAGAAGUUUACCCCUUCAAUCUGAAUGGUUCUCCCAUGGGUGUUGCAGCAAUUUGUUCUCCUGAUGGAAGGCAUCUGGCCAUGAUGCCUCAUCCUGAGCGCUGCUUUCUGAUGUGGCAAUACCCCUGGUAUCCUAAGCACUGGAACGUGGAUGAGAAAGGCCCCAGCCCAUGGUUGAAAAUGUUUCAGAAUGCAAGAGAGUGGUGUUCAUGAGAUGUACUUUUUGUGGAUGUUUUGAAAGGGUUGCAGUGAACCAGUUGUCUUAGUCUCAAAGGGCUAGCAUUCUUCUUCUCGCCCGGGGAAUACACAUCAACCUUUAGACUAGGGAAUAAAUCCUUUGAUGCCUUCCUGAACUUUUUUGUGAGACUUUGUAUGAAGUUGAUAAUAAGUGUGUUUCUUCACUCCUUGGCCUAGUUUGAUACUGAUUUGAGUUUAUCUGGAAUAUGAUAUGUAGCUUAUUGAAGGUAAUGAAGGCGCUGAAAUGUUCUGGAUUUUUUUUAAUUGUAAGCAUGAUUUUGUAACUAAGAAAAAAGACUUUGAUAGGAACAAGAUGAAGUUGGGCAAGAUUCUUUCUCCUGGUUUAAGAGAAGUUCUGUAAUAGUUGAAAAGUUAAGAGUAUCCCUUGAAGAAAAACAUUUUUUUUUUGAAGAAACAUAUAUAUAGAUAUAUGAGCAAUACUCAACGUACAUGGUUACAUAAACUGAAACUCUAAUUCAAGAGAAUUCGAC